AACUGUCACUGAUGUUCGUUAGCAUCUUUUCUUUUCACUUGAGAAACCCUGCCAAAACCCUAGGACCGGCCCAAUGGACCUCCACCGGCCAUGGAACCUGCUUGAUCAAGCCCUGGGGCUCGACGAGCACGGCGGCUCGCAGCCUCUCCGCGGCAAGGUCGUCCUCAUCGAGGACUGCGUGAAGACGAGCGGCGGCUUCGUCCUCCACCACCUCGUCAAGCGAUCCUUGUCUCCGGACUCACCUCCUCUCAGCAACGCCCUCGUCUUCAUCGCCUUCUCCCAGCCCUUCUCUCACUACGACCGCGUCCUCCGUAAACUCGGCUGCAAUUUAGCUGCGCAGAAGGAGAACAAGAGAUUAGUCUUCUUCGACAUGCUUAUGUUCCAGUGCCCAGGUGAAAAUGGUGAAAAAGUUGUCGAGACUGGACUUGCGUCGUUGUAUCGGAAAGUCCAGGAUGCUGUCAACUCAUUGGUUGCAGAAGAAAGGAAUUGUAUCACAAUUGUGGUGGACGACAUCUCCCUUAUGGAGGUUGCUGCCAAUGGCUGUUCAGACGAAGUCUUGAGCUUCCUUCACUAUUGUCACACUUUGACAUCGGAGCUUGGUUGCACGUUGAUUGCACUUAAUCAUGGGGAUGUCUAUUUUAGCCAUGAUGGUUCAACAACUUUGUUACGUAUGGAGUAUCUAGCAAAUAUUUUGGUACGGGCAGAACCUUUGGCCACUGGCUCAGCGGUUGAUGUUCACGGACAGUUGACAAUUUCCUGGAAGGGGAUUCCUGAGAGGCAGGGAAUUUCAAGGAGCCAAGUACAUAAUUUCCACUUCAGGGUCAAAGAAAAUAGCGCCGAGUAUUUCUAUCCUGGGACCUGUAGUUGAUCAGUACUACGACUUUAAUCUUCUGUGGAAGAGGGGGUUACUGACAGUUAUCUUGAUGCGUCCAGCUCUUGUUCUCCAUGCUAAGCGAUUGGGCCUUUGUUAUUAUCCCGAGAUACAAGUCGGUUUUGUGAUAUCAAAACGAUCACAGAAACAUCAAUCUUGUCAGUUAUAUCAUAUUUCUUGUGCAUAUCUUUAUCCCCUUGCAA